AGACAAUAUAGACGACAAAGACAAAGACGAAGAAGACGACAAACGAUGAGGCUGUUUGGAAGAAAGAAGAAAGAGAAGGGAGAGGGAGGUGAAGAGGGUGACUCUGAUAUAAUGCAGAAUGUGCCCACCUCUACAAACAGGAAGAGAUACACCAUGGCCUACUCCCCACCUGGUACCCAAUCAUCCUCCUUCAAAUCAAUGAAUCCCGCCAAUCAAUCAAAGCAGAAAGGUAAAGCAGUAGAUACACCAGAGUUCUUUGUAAAUACGAUAAAGAUGUUACCGAAUGUUGAGAUAUUGGCAUCACUGUGCUCGACAUUGAGCUCAAAGGACUCUUCAUGGUCAAAGUCAUUGUUGGAGAAUAAUGGUAUAGAGGUGCUGAUCAAUGUACUGGCUGGCAUCACCUCGAAUGCAGGCGGCGAGACAAAGGAUGCCAAGGGCAGCAACAACGACGUCAUCCUGCAGUCGCUCACAGUCACCUGUCUGCUAUCGCUCAUGAACGCCAAGAUUGGCAUCGACAAGGCCAUCAAGACGCCCCACUCCAUGAGCAAGCUGGUGCUGUGUCUGGACACGCCCAAGCUGGACACGCGCUCCAGCGUCAUUGAGCUGCUGACGGCCGUGUGCAUCACGUCCGAGGAGGGCUUCCGGCUGGUGCUGGACGCGUUCAGCCACUACAAGCAGGUGAAGAAGGAGCGCGUGCGAUUCUUCUUCCUGGUGGACUCGAUGAAGCAGCUGCAGGCCGACGACGACUACCUCACCAUCUGUCUGGGCCUGAUCAACGGCCUGGUCAACUCUUCAGAGGAGGUUGACGAGCGCGUCCAACUGCGCACAGAGUUCACGCGACUCGGCCUCGACGAGCUGGUGCUCAAGAAGAAGAACCUGCCCUACGAGGAGGCGCCCGACCUGCUGACGCAGAUCGACGUGUACGAGGACGAGGCCCGCGCCGACCAGGAGGAGCUGCUCGACAGGUUCUCGGGCUUGGACAUCAACAUUGAGGACCCGACAGAGGUGUUCAAAUGCAUCUUGGAGCAGGUGGACAAGCGCCCGCAUCACCCAUUCCUGCACAUACUGCAGUGUCUGCUCUCGAUCCCCAGCGACAACGACACAGGCAUGCUCAGCUGGUUUGCACUCGAGAAGCUCGUGCAGCAGAUUUCAUUCUCCAAGCAGAUGAUUGGCGAUGGCGACGAGCGCAUUGGCCUGGAGGAGCUGCUGGCCACGACUGGACCUUCGGUGGCCAUGCAGGCCGAGCUGCAAAAGGUCACCGAGGAGCUGCUCAAGACAAAGGAACAGCUGAAGAAGGUGAACUUUGAUCUGAACGUGGCCAACACCGAGCUGGCGUCUCGCUCCCAAGAAUCGUCAGUCAUGAAGAGCAACAUGUUCAACACGGUCAAGAUGAAGAACCAGGAGCUCAGCAAGCUAAAGGGACAGAUGAGGAGGAUGGACUCGAACUUCUUUGCCGCCCCCGGCUCUGAAGUGGACGACGAGGAAGACACAACCAGCAAGCCACUGUCCGAGUCGGUGCCCCCACCCAAGGCCAAGUCAUCAAAGUCUUCAAAGUCGAGCGACCCCGACGCGCCCAAGAAGAAGACAAAGAAGUCUGCGCUCAAGAAGUCCUCCAAUGGUGAGUCCCGCUCGCCACGAUCCGAUGAGGACGACGACGACCACUCAGCCACGAAUGGCGCGACAUCACACAGUAACAGCCACAGCACGACCGAUAACCACAACAACACAUCAUCCGAAUCAUCAACCAAAGAACAAACGCCCGACGCUCCAUCCGCCCCAACUGGCGGCCCUCCUCCUCCACCUCCACCUCCAAUGAUGGGCGGAGGACCUCCACCCCCACCUCCACCUCCUCCCAUGAUGGGUGGAGGACCGCCUCCCCCUCCACCUCCCUUUGGCGGAGGACCACCCCCACCCCCCGGCCCCAAGAUGGGUGGCGUUGGCUCUGCGCCCGCGCCAAAGUUCAACAUUGCCAAGCCAUCCAACAAGGUCAAGCAGCUGCAAUGGACCAAGAUCCCACACAGGAAGGUGGGCGAGACGAUCUUCUCCAAGCUCGGCAAUGUAAAGACAGACUGGAUCGAUGCGGAGGAGCUGGAGAACCUGUUCCUGGCGCCCGACGCAGUGAAGAAGGUCGAGGACAAGAAGUCAAAGGAGGCGGCCGUUGCCAAGCCUGGCUCUGUCACGGUCAUCGAUCCCAAGAAGGCACAGAACCUUGCUAUUUAUUUAUCGAAAUUCAAAUGUACAAUACCAGAAAUCAAGACAGCGCUCUUCACCUUGGACGAAGAGGUCUUCAACAUGGACAUCCUAAAGCCCCUGGAAGGAUACCUGCCAAAGGAGGAAGAUAUGGAGAGCAUUAGGGACUAUCUCAAGACUGGCGAUUUGAUCAUGUUGUCCAAGUCAGAGCAAUUCCUGCUGGAGAUGGAUACAAUCACAAGUGUAGCCGACAGAGUUAGAUCCUUUUACUUGAAACUUACAUUCCCUGAUAAGCUAAGAGAGAUCAAACCAGACUUGCAACUCUUUGUCUCAACGAUCAAGAACAUAAGGAGUAACAAGAACUUCUUGAAGGUGAUUGAGGUCAUUCUGGUCAUUGGUAACUUCUUGAAUGGAGGCACAGCCAGAGGUGAUUGCUUUGGUUUCAAGCUCGAUGGUCUACUAAAGUUGACAGAUACAAAGACAUUCAACAACAAGUCCAAUUUGUUGGUAUAUAUUAUCAGCGAGUUGGCAAACAAGUUCCCACAUACUCUACAGUUCCCUCAAGAGCUGUGUGAUAUACAAUCAGCUGGAAAGGUGUCGUUGCAGACUAUAUCGGCAGACUUGAACAAGUUGAAGAAGGACCUGGAGGUGGUGGUGGCCGGCGUCGGCAAGAUGAAGAGAACACGCGAGGAAACCUUCUACUUCCAGACGAUGGACGAGUUUAUCAAGGACGCCCAGAUCGAGAUCAAGAUCGUGUUUGAGGAGUACGAGGAGGCCGAGAAGCAGUUCCACCAGCUGGCCGUGCUCUUUGGCGAGGAGACCAAGAUCCCCUCGGAAGAGUUCUUUGCCUAUCUGGUCAAGUUCAUCAACGCCUUUGAGCGAGCGCACCGCGAUUACAUCCGCGAGAAGGAGUCGGCCGAGAGGGCCGCCAAGCGCGAGGCGCUCAAGGCCAAGAAGGCCGCGAUGACCAAGCGCGUCACUGGCGGUAGCCGUAUGAGCAAGGGUGGCGCCAUGGCAUCGGCUCCGGCACCAAGCUCAGGUGUCGAUGAUAUUCUCCAGUCGGUGCGCGAUGGUGAUGCAUUCAAGCAGCGACGUCAACGCAAGGUCAAUCCGUCCACGGGAGGCGAUAGCAUUGGCAAGAGUGGCAGCGAUCUGAUGACGUCCAAUGGCAGAGAGGACAAACAAAGCAAUGGCAGUGGUAGUGGCACGACCAAGAAGAAGGAUGUCAAUGUCGCAGCCAAGGCUUUGACAAUCGUGAUGCGUUCAAGACAGAAUUAUUCCAGAAUCGAUAAUUUCUCCUUCGCCAACACC